UUAUUUUCAUUUAAAAGCAAGAACGUAAAAUGCAUUCAGUUUAUUAGCAAUAGCGCACGAACGUGAAUCAUGCGAUCAUGCAAUUCACAUCUAUGCCCGUUAGAGGAGGCAACUGGAUUGAAUAAGGUUCUGCAAGCUCAGGGAAAUAGUGGUAAAAGUCCAUUCAAAAGCAGAUGAUCGUAAAAGAGCGCGCGCAAACAGCUCCGAGGUUCUCUUGAAUGGUCAGCACAGAUGUGAUGAUGGACGCAGUAGAGUCAGACAGAAGGGUUUCUCCUCUGAAGAACUUUGUGGCUGGAGGGGUCGGUGGUGUCUGUCUCUUAGUCGCUGGACACCCGCUGGACACUAUCAAGGUCCGUCUGCAAACACAGGAAUGUGUUGUCUACAGAGGAACAUAUGACUGCUUACGAAAGACUGUGUCCAAGGAGGGAAUAUUUGGCCUGUAUAAAGGGAUGGGUGUCCCGCUAGCCGGUGUUACCCCAAUGAUGGCCUUGAAUUUCUUGGGCUUUGGGCUGGGAAAGGAACUUCUGCAAAGUGACCCCACCGUACCAAUCACGAACACACAGAUCUACUUGGCGGGGAUGCUGGCAGGAGUAUUCACCACUGUGAUCGUGGCCCCGGGCGAGAGAAUCAAGUGUUUACUUCAGAUCCAGUCCUCGGCCAGUCAGCUGAAGUACGCUGGACCAGUGGAUUGUGCACUGAGACUUUAUAAGGAACAGGGAAUUCGUAGUGUCUACAAGGGCACUGUUCUUACUCUAAUCAGAGAUGUGCCUUCAAAUGGUGUAUACUUUCUAACUUAUGAAUACUUAAAACAGUUUUUGACCCCUGAGGGAGAGUGUGUUCAUCAUCUCAGCACAUCCAGAGUUCUUCUUGCAGGUGGGAUUGCUGGCAUGUUAAACUGGCUGAUUGCUCUGCCUGCAGAUGUGCUUAAGUCAAACUACCAAACAGUGCAGGUGAAUGCUGUGGCAAUGCCCUUGGAGGUGACAUGGCCCUUUCCACAAUGCCCCCGGCUGGGCUGGAGAAUAUCCAGCAGAGUGAUCAUGGGAAUGGUGGGCACAUACAGUUACCUUUGGACCAAUUAUUUUAAUUCGGUGGUGGUGCACAACCAGGAUGUUUUGUUGGACCUGGUCGAUGAGCGUCCUCAGGACACGCCUCUCAUCACAUUGUGCAAUCAUCAGUCCUGUAUGGAUGAUCCACACAUCUGGGGAAUCCUGAAGCUCUGGCAUCUGUGGAACUUUAACAGGAUGAGAUGGACACCUGCCGCCUCUGACAUCUGUUUCACAAGAGAACUACACUCCAGCUUCUUCAGCAGAGGGAAAUGUGUGCCUGUUGUUAGAGGAGAUGGAGUAUAUCAGAAAGGAAUGGAUUUCCUCUUGGAAAGGCUGAAUCAAGGGGAAUGGGUACACAUAUUUCCAGAAGGUAAAGUUAACAUGACUGAAGAGUUCAUGAGGAUAAAAUGGGGAAUCGGGCGUUUGAUUGCAGAGUGCUCUCUUCACCCAAUCAUUUUACCGAUGUGGCAUGUAGGUAUGAGUGAUGUUUUACCAAAUCAAACGCCAUACGUCCCUCGAGUAGGACAGCGAAUAACUGUCUUAGUUGGAAAACCGUUCACUGUCAGACAUCUGGUAAAUACACUGAGAGCUGACAACUCAAGUUCGAUGGAAAUGCGGAAAACACUGACAGACUUUAUUCAAGGGGAGUUUCGCAGCUUGAAAGCCCAGGCGGAGGCGCUUCAUCACAGGAUACGGAAACACUCGUGACCCAUGAAGGGACGUAUUACAGGAUAAAGGGCUAUAGAGGACAUUACCCGUUAGCUAACCCGGGCCUUACAACUCAGCAUAGACACUGAGGAGAUACAAUCAUACAGAUGACUGCACCCAAAGUGCUUUACGGCAUCCUUUGAAGUAAAAUUAUAUCCAUGGGUGUCCGUUCAUUUAUGUGUGGACAGUCAGACAUGGGCUAAGGAGAACAGAGAUCUUUUGUGUUUGUAAUACCUCUAUAGAGAAAGUAAAUUAAUUUUGAGCAAUGUUCAGGACCUCAGGAGACAUGUUAUGUGCAUAUCAGUGACUGAAAAUGCCUUGUAGACUGUGAAGCACAAUAUGUUGCAUUCUUCCACAGUCUUUUUCUUCUUCAUUGUAAUUGUACAGAAUACUUCACCCAUCAAAAAUAGCAUUAGCAUUUAGAACGAUGAAAGUAACUCUUUUACAUCCUAGCGUGUGAAUGUGUCAUUAUCUUUUUUUCUUUGUAUGAAAUUUCCUAAACAUCUUAAAUUUGUAUACGCAGUUGGAUGGAUCAUAGAUGGGUUAGUGAUUAUUGUGGCAACUCAAAUUCUUGAUUUAAAGUGGGACUGCUGAAGCAUUUAGUAAUUUUUUUAAAUUACAGAUUGAGACAUUUUUAAUGUAAGAUACUAGCUGUUAGACUUUUUAUAAUUGAUGCAGUAUUUGACUGUAUAUACACUGUAAAUACAAAAUAAUUCAUACAGAAAUACUGUAAAUACAGAAUUAUUUCAGAAUGGACCUAUAGGCAUUUGUGCCUAUUGCAGAAUAUAAUUAUUCUCGCUUGCCAUGACAACUGAUGAAACAGACAGAAUAUUUUAAAAUCUGCUGCACUAUGAUCUUUAAACAAAAUCAUCAACAUGAUGGAAAGAAAGUUGAAAAAUGCCUAUGAAAUACAUUUUAGAGACAUUCGAUCUGUUGUUCAAAAUAAAAAUCCUUAAAGUUUUUCUAAACUCAAAUUUUUAUAAAACAUAAUUGAUAUUAUCCGUUAGAAGGCAUUUUCAUACAACAACUUACAAAAUUUAAACAAUGAAAAGUGACAAAUCUGAGUGGACAUGUUAAAGAUUUAAAUAAAUGAUCUCUCUCUUGUGUGACCUACUGUAUAAGGCACAGACAGAAAACAUGACAACAAACAGUUGUUUGAAUCUGAUAAAAAAUUAUUGUAAUCUUCCAGUCACUGUAUUUCAAAGUAGUAGGUAUUUAUUGCAAAUACAGUUGAAGUCAAAAGUUUACCUUGCAGAAUCUGCAAAAUGUUAAUUAUUUUACCAAAAUAAAAGAGAUCAUACAAAAUGCAUGUUAUUGUUUAUUUAGUACAGACCUGAAUAAGAUAUUUCACAUAAAAGAUGUUUACAUAUAGUCCACAAGAGAAAAUAAUAGCUGAAUAUAUAAAAAUGACCCUGUUCAAAAGUUUACAUCCCCUUGAUUCUUAAGACUUUGUUCACUGAAUGAUCCACAGCUGUGUUUUUAGUUUAGUGAUGGUUGUUCAUGAGUCCCUUGUUUGUCCUGAACAGUUAAACUACCUGCUGUUCUUCAGAAAAAUCCUUCAGAUCCCUCAAAUUAUUUGGUUUUCCAGCAUUUUUGUGUAUUUGAACCCUUUCCAACAAUGACUUUGAGAUCCAUCUUUUCGCACUGAGGACAAUGAGGGACUCGUAUGCAACUAUUACAGAAGGUUCAAACGCUCUUUGACGCUCCAGAAUUGAUCAAUCUCAAUCUCAGGGAAGUAAAAGUCAAAUACUAAUAAAUGAAAUUCAAAAGAUUGGUCACAUGACCCACAGGGGUCCAUUUUGUUUCCACUUUCAGGAUGAGCACAUGUCACAAUGACUCCAUGUUUUUUCCAAUGAAAAGUGCAUUUUUCAUAAAUUUUCAUACAUACAGGGGCUGGUCAUGUAAUUAGAAUAUCAUCAAAAAUUUGAUUUAUUUCAACUUAUUCCAUUCAAUAAGUGAAACUUGUAUAUUAUAUUCAUUCAUUACACAGACUGAUAUAUUUCAAAUGUUUAUUUCUUUUAAUUUUGAUGAUUAGAGCUUACAGCUCAUGAAAGUCAAAAAUCAGUAUCUCAAAAUAUUACAAUAUUUACAUUUGAGUUUGAAUAAAUGACCAUCCCUACAGUAUAAAUUCUGGGUGUCUCUUGUUCUUUGAAACCACAAUAAUGGGGAAGACUGCUGACUUGGCAAUGAUCCAGAAGACGAACAUUGACACCC